AUGCCGAAUACGAAAGCUUCACUGCACAGCCUCCCGGAGCUCGUGCGAGAUACCCAGCUCACCGUCCGCUUCGAAUCUGACGGCAAGCAGCAUUACACCCUCCACAUCCCGUCGUCUCGCCGCAGCCCAACGAUCGAAAGAUGGGUCUCGAAAGAAAGGCUGGGCAGUGGGGGACAGGGUGUUGUUGUCUUGCAGGCCAAAGUUGCCGCAGGACAUGGCCCGCCCCAGCUGCGAGCCGUCAAGACUAUCACCCUGCCGGAGGGUCCCAACGAAGCGAACAAGGCGCUGUAUAAGCGAGAGUUGGAAGCUAUGGCUAAGUUCUCUCAAACAAAGUACUCGGAACAGUUUGUUAAGUUUCUUGGCUGGUUUACAAGCCCAGGACUUAUUCAUAUUGCAAUGGAGUAUUGCGAACUGGGAGACCUUGAAAAAUAUCUCUCAACCUACCCGGAUAGCCGUCUUCCCGAGUCCGAGACCCAGGAUAUCACUAUGCAGAUCUUAGGUGCUCUAACCAGUAUGCACGAGGAGAGAUUCUGCCACGGAGACCUUAAACUUGCUAAUGUUCUGAUGAUGAGCACCGCCCCAUCCUGGUGGGUGAAACUGGCAGAUUUUGGCCUGAGCAAGCGGCACGAGACGGUAGCAAACACGACUGCCGCAAAAGGCACCCCUAAUUAUAUGCCGCCAGAGCUUCUUGGAUACAACGGUGAUCCCAGACACGCAGACCCGUAUCCCGUGGACAUGUGGUGCCUGGGGCAAGUGGCCUUUCGGCUCGCUGCAGGCCAGCCCAUGUUUCCAUCUCAGGCAGAUCUUUCUAAAUAUUAUUAUAACUACGCUGAAUUUAGAAUACAGCUUCUCGAGAAACAUCUGGUGGAUCAAAAAUUCAUCCAGUUUAUACAACUUCUGGCCGCUCCUGAACCCAGAGACAGGCCCUCAGCCACUGGCUCAUCGUCGCAUCCGUGGGUUCAGAGUGCACUUGCAGAUCAUGAUGCUGGUCAUGGCCUCAGCUGUCAAAUGACAGAGAGCCAGAUUUGGCCAUCAGAUAUUCCCAUCUCUGGUACUGGAGAUAACUCCGAGCCGUCUGCCUCGUGGCCCGUGGACGCUACAAUCAUUACAGACAUGACGAGAUCGCCUGCACGCAUCUCGGGUGAUGGGCAUACUCCCAUGGGCUAUUGGGAUAAUGAAGCGUCAGCAGUUUGGUCUACGGAGGAGGCAAUCGUCUCUGCUCAAGCAAGUCUACCAGUAAUGGCUUCGCCGACUGUUAUUGAAGAAGUCUGUGUUAAAGUAUCUGAGGCGGACGAUUUUAUUUCGGAGGGGGACAAGUUCCUUCUGAAAAAAGAGUAUGAAAAGGCGAUCGAGCAAUACAAAAAGGCCCUUGAAAUAGAGCCUUCUUCGGUAGAGUAUAUGGACAUUUUGUGCAACGCACACAUGUCAAUCCGAGCUUGGAAUGAUGCAAUCGCAGCUUGCAAUGUGGUACUCAAAAAGGAUCCAAAGAAUCCGAUAUUCUGCUCAAGGGCUUUUCAACUCGUCGCAUUUACCGCUGGCCUGCCCGAGGCUGCCUUCGAAUAUCUUCAGCAUGCACAGCCUCCACCACCGGACCACGUUGUGGAAGGGGCGAGGAGCAUGCAAGAUUCUCUACUGAAGGUUCUCAAGAUUCUUGAAGAAGGCUCUGAUAUGACACAGGCUCUUCAUGAGCUGGACAUGAUGGAGGCUGCGCUGUGGCCCAAAGCUGUGGCCCCCUAUAGGUGGAGUUUGCUACGAGCGGAAGCUUUGAUGAGGAUGGGUACUAUGGAUGGAAUCAAUCAAGCCGUGGGAAUGACAGAUCCAAAAACCGAAGACAACGACCAGAAAGCUGGAUAUCUCUCUCUUCAUGGCCGUGCGCUGAUCCUAGCUUGCCAUUUAGACCUCGGCUGCGACAGUCUACGCAAAGCAAUCGAAGUAGACCCCGAGUCCACCAGGACUCGAAACUGGCUGAAAACAGGACAAAAGCUAGAGGAAUUAUUCAGCAAAGGGAAGAUUUGCCUGAGAGAGGGUAGCUUUGAAGAAGCCAAAGCACUCUAUACUGAAGCAUUGCAAGUCGACUUGAGUAACUGGUGUCUGAACGCGGUAAUGUUGGAUAAUAGGGCCUUAUGCGAAAUCAAACUGGGCAACUAUCCUGCGGCGAUUGCAGACUGCGAUCUUGCCCUCAACCUAUAUCCAGAUCUGCACCUGGCCAAGGAGCAUAAAGCUCUGGCCGUCUCAAAGAUGUCUACGAUGGAUGGGAAUAUAUCACAGGGGGUGGAUCUCCGGGACCAGCUCCGACAAUCAGACAAGAAGAUCUUAAAUGAGCGGGAUAACAGCGCGUCUAGAUCUAUGGGGAAAAGGUUCGCUGAUAUGCAAGUUUCUGAGUAA